AUGAUGAGUAAUUACGUUUGCAAUGUCCGAAUGUUUCGCCUUUUGAUUCUCAUACUGCCGAUCAACUUCGGCUACGAAGUCCCUCUGCUCGGCAACUGUCUAGCCAUUCCGUCCUUUCUCCAGAAAUUCGGCAGCGAAACACCCGGUGGCAAAAUUGAAAUCUCGACACAUUUUCAGCAGCUUUGGAACGGAGCAGCCACGGUCAGCAUCUUUGUCGCAGCCUAUUCAGCUGGCUUCGCCUCCGAUAUUCUAGGCCGCCUCCUCGUUAUAUACAUUGGCUGCAUCCUCUGCAUUGUAGGUGUCGUAGUCCAGAGCUUCGCCGAAUCUGCCAUGACCAUCUUUGGUGGCAAGCUUGUCAGCAGCCUGGGAUUUGGUCUCGGCCAUGUUCUCGCUCCUGUCUUUAUCGCCAAGAUCGCAUCUGAUGAGCUACGCGGUGCCUGCCUCACCCUCAUCAACAACAUGAUUGUCUUAGGGCUGAUCUUGAUGUUGGGACGAAUACUUGCCGUCCCGGAGGCCGCCGUCGAACAAGAGCAUUCCGGUUUCCAAGACGAGGCAUCGUAUCUUGACUGUUUCAAGGGCAUUGUUGUGAUGGCAUAUCUUGCCCAGCAGUCUGAUGGCAGCAUGUUCGCGGCUGCUUACCUGUCGCGAGUGGACCCCAUGGCAAUUCUCAUUGAUGUCAGCUUCCGACAGACCUAA